AUGGACGUAGCUCUCAAGUGGAUUUUCAAGCUCGAUGAGAACAUAAAGAAUGCUCUCAUCGAGGAUGUCGCACCUUCAUCUCCAAUAGAUGUCCACAAAUCGUGGCUACCCGUCCUGGCCCAGGCAGCUCAGGAAUAUCUCUAUGCGGACGAAUUUGACCGCAGAGUGUUCACCAGACUGAUCAAACUCGGGAGCCGUAAGAUGGACUUCUUGGGAAGGCUGGAGAAGUGCUUCUUUGGUCUUGGGGAGCCGCAAGCUUUCUUACGACUUCCCACCAAUGUUGAAGCGAAGGUUCAGGUUCUUCGUAGUGUUGCGCAGAAUUGCCACUUUUCGAGGUCAGAUGUUUUCAUCCGGUAUCGACCAUCAGUCGGGGCUGACUUCGAGCUCACGACGGCUUGA